AUGUCAUUUUCCGACUCACCAGCUCCGACUCACCGUCUCGCUAAGCUAUGCACCUGGAAACGCGAGUGGCUGAAAGAUGUCUUCGGCCUCAAGUCCUCAAAGAAGACGGUCGAUGCCAUCCAGCUCGAGUCAGGUCAGGCAAAACCUGGAGUGUUGGGCAAAAGCGGCAGCCAGAGCAGCACUCCGCAAGCCAUGAUUGUGGUCGCAGCGGAUGACAGCAAUCGUGGUGAGCUGAUGGAGUAUCGAACGUUGGCCAAUGCUUGUAGCAAUUGGUCCGAUGGUAAUAUUCUGGGCAAGGGUGCUGCAGCGACUGUCUAUCGGUGCAGCUUACCUCGCUUCGGGCAGGUGGCCGUUAAGCGCUUCCACCAGACGCCUGCAGGUGGUAUGGCGUACAACUUCGACCGAGAGUUAGAUGCUUUGUGCCAAUGUCGCCAUCCUCAUGUGCUCGAGAUCUUAGGGAGAUCACAAUCAGGACCUGAGCAGCUCAUCGUGAUGCCCCUGAUGGAGGGCGGAUGCUUAACCUCCGCCCUGCCGUUAAUGACCUGGGCCCCGCGCGCUGAGUGCUUUGGGCAGGUGGUCACAGCUGUAUCAUUCCUGCACGGCAAGAAGAUGGUUCAUCGAGAUAUCAAAAGUAGCAACAUCUUGUUGGACCGCAUGCGACGCCACGCACGCUUGGCCGACUUUGGUCUGGCCAAGGACCAGGUGAAGGGUUCUGUGCAUGGGACUACUGGCAUCGUUGUGGGCUCCCCCGGCUAUAUGGCUCCGGAACUCAUGAUGCGCCCGGCCAACGAGAAGACCGAUGCCUUCGCACUGGGCAUUGUGCUGUUAGAGAUCCUGACAGGGCAAGGUGCAUGGAACGAGGCUCGUGACGCGAUGGCCCUGGGUGAUGCCGCUGUCUCCGAUGGAGCCUUUCAGGUGUCCAUGCUGGAUCAUAGUGCUGGCUGGCCUGACUUGGAGGUACAAGUCCUUGGCAAUUAUGCCGUCUUAUUGACCUCCUUCGACCCCAAUCAACGCGUCACUUUGGCGUCCAUGGAAGAGUCCCAACCUUACAAGGCGACUGGGCCAAAGUUGGGCGCACCAAAAAAAGCUCGGGAUACCGAGCUGGCCGGAGGGAGUCUGAAUCGCUUGUGGUUUGUCCGUUUUUGCUCGCCACACGCCGCUUGCGCGGCGCACGUGCACCAGCGGCGCUUCGUGGGGGGUGGCUUCCGUGUGAAGAUCUGCGAAGGGUUUGGUGAGUCACCAAACAGUCCAACAUCUGCUGCUUCUCACAGGAGCGCGCCACCGCGCAAACUCGCGCAAGUGGAUGAACUCUUGCGAGAGAACGCGCAACUCCGGCUGGAUCGUCCACGACCUUUCGCUUCGCCGGGAGCUGGUCUGGGCAGUCCGGAGACACAGGAUCCCACUUUGGCUCGAGCUGAGGACUUGGGCGAACUGCGACGCCUUCAUGGGGAGGUAGCAUCCCAGCGUCGUGUCCUGGAUCGAAUGGUGCAGAUGUUGUCUGCGGAUGCGGGCACGGCAGCAUUCGAACUCUUGAUAGAGGAAUGCCAACGUUUGUUCCAGCGUGUGGUGGCCAUGAAUGAUGAGAAUGCGGUGCUGAAAGUGCGGGUGGGAGAUGCUCCAAAAGAAGCCUUGCCCAGCAACCUCCAGGAGGCUCACGAGGCGAAUGGUGUGCUCCGCUCCCGCCUGGAUGCACUCAGCGCCGAACUGUUCGCCACAACUACCUGGAAGGAAGAGGCAGCCAAGCGCCUCAAUCAACAAGCGACGGAGAUUGAGCAAUUGCGCCAGCGUUUAUCCAGCCUGUCACCGGAGAUGGAUGUACAGGCACUUGAAGAAGCGAUGAGACCACCGGAGGAUCAGUUGCGACACCAGUUGGAGCGUUCUCAACAGCAGAGGAGCAACUUAGAGAAGUUCCUCGCUGCACAGACCUCCCGAGUCGCCCAGCUCUCAGCGGACAUGGAGGAGCUGCAGCAACGCUUGCGCGAGGUGGUUUUCAGCAUGUCCGACGUCGUGGCACCCCCUGAGG